UCCCCCGCGCGGCGCUCAGUGCCAGGCGGGAGGCGGCAGCGGUUGGAGGCUUCGCGGGGCUUUGCAGCUGGGACUUCGGCGGCGCCUCAGGCACCCGGGCUCGGACACAAUGCGGCGAGUGGUGCGACAGAGCAAGUUCCGGCAUGUCUUUGGCCAGGCAGUGAAAAAUGACCAGUGCUAUGAUGACAUCCGAGUCUCCCGAGUGACCUGGGACAGUUCCUUUUGUGCUGUCAACCCUAGAUUUGUGGCCAUCAUUAUAGAAGCAAGUGGGGGAGGAGCCUUCCUGGUGCUCCCUCUGCACAAGACGGGGCGAAUUGACAAAUCCUACCCUACAGUAUGUGGCCACACAGGACCAGUGCUGGACAUAGACUGGUGUCCACAUAAUGAUCAAGUCAUUGCCAGCGGCUCAGAGGACUGCACUGUUAUGGUUUGGCAGAUCCCAGAAAAUGGACUGACCCUUUCCCUGACUGAACCUGUGGUGAUUUUAGAAGGCCACUCAAAAAGAGUUGGCAUCGUGGCCUGGCAUCCAACGGCCCGCAACGUGCUUCUUAGUGCAGGCUGUGAUAAUGCCAUUAUCAUCUGGAAUGUGGGGACAGGGGAAGCCCUCAUCAACCUGGACGAUAUGCAUUCGGACAUGAUCUACAACGUCAGCUGGAACCGCAAUGGCAGUCUCAUCUGCACGGCGUCCAAAGACAAGAAAGUGAGAGUCAUCGAUCCCAGGAAACAGGAGAUCGUAGCGGAGAAGGAGAAAGCACAUGAAGGAGCCCGGCCCAUGCGGGCCAUCUUCCUGGCUGACGGCAAUGUCUUCACUACUGGCUUCAGCCGCAUGAGCGAGCGGCAAUUGGCGCUUUGGAACCCGAAAAACAUGCAGGAACCAAUUGCUCUUCAUGAAAUGGACACCAGCAAUGGGGUGCUGCUGCCUUUCUAUGACCCAGAUACCAGCAUCAUUUACUUGUGUGGAAAGGGUGACAGCAGUAUCCGCUAUUUUGAAAUCACCGACGAAUCCCCGUAUGUCCACUACCUCAACACAUUCAGCAGCAAGGAGCCUCAGCGAGGGAUGGGCUACAUGUCUAAGCGGGGACUUGAUGUCAACAAAUGUGAGAUCGCUAGAUUCUUCAAGCUUCAUGAGAGAAAGUGUGAGCCGAUUAUCAUGACUGUGCCCAGGAAGUCUGACCUCUUCCAAGAUGACCUGUACCCUGACACAGCGGGCCCGGAAGCUGCGUUGGAGGCAGAGGAGUGGUUUGAGGGGAAGAAUGCAGACCCGAUCCUCAUCUCCUUGAAGCACGGGUACAUUCCAGGCAAGAACAGGGACCUCAAGGUGGUGAAGAAAAAUAUUCUGGACAGCAAGCCAGCUGCAAACAAGAAGUGUGACCUCAUCAGUGCCCCCAAGAAGACCACAGACACGGCCAGUGUGCAAAACGAAGCCAAGUUGGAUGAGAUUUUAAAAGAGAUCAAAUCCAUAAAAGACACAAUCUGCAAUCAAGACGAGCGCAUUUCAAAGUUAGAGCAGCAGCUGGCAAAGAUGGUGGCCUGAGGCCCGCCCAGCUCCACCGACGGCAGCUGCUUAUUGGCGUGCUCCAGGGAGGGCAGAAAGGGAAGCACUGCCAUUCGGAGACAUUCCAUUUCAGAUCUGUCAACCAGCGAUAGGCCACAUUCCCGUAAGGACUCAGUUCCUCUCCCAAUGUUCGAAACAUGAAAGCCGAGCUUUUUAUUAGGAAGCUUUUUGAUGUUUGACAGGCCAGUGACUUGUUGAACUUCACUACAUUUGAAAUGCCGGAUAUUCUGAAUUUUAGAAAAGAAACCCACCCUGACCCAGUGUCCUACCCACACACCUCGAUGACUGGGGCCAAUGCCACCUUUGCUCUCUGUCUCUUCCUUUGUAAUGUUGCCAAAACCAAAAGUAGCUUUUUUUUUCUUUGUAUUUUGCUACUUUGCAGUAUUUGUGUGGUUGGUUUUUUUUCUCCUCCUAAUUUGAAAGGGACAGCACUGUGUAUGUUUAUAAACUAAAUGAAGAUGAGAUGAUUAUUUUGUAUAAACACACACAAGAACAAUCAGUGCAGCCACACAGGCUGGCUCACUCACAGCACAAGCCUGGGCGUCCACUGGCCGUCCAGAAGGAAGACUUGAGAAAUCUCGUGGACCCAUACACCACCCCUCGUUCCGUUGAGUCUCCGAUCAAACAGCUCAUGUCCCAUCUCUCUGUCCUUGCUCUUUCUUUCUUAGAAGUCAGGUGGUUGUACAGAUGGAACUCAGCUUCUUGAUGCUGUGCUUCAGCGAUUAUAAUCUAACCCAAACUAGCAUGUGUUUCUGCAGUUUUGUUCUAUGCAGAUUUUGUCGCGACCAUCCCUUCCAGCACUGUGGACAAGGACGCCCAAGACAAGAGGGUGCACGUGUGUUGAGUGUCCUUGUCCACCGCGGUGGCUUGCCUGGCCCGUGAGUGUAGUACAGGGCUUGAACCCGGGAGCUGUGUGUAGAGCCUCUGCCUGUAGCCCUCUGUUUUCCACAUCUCCUGUCCUCCCUUCCUCCCUCUUCUGCCUCCUGUCCCAGGUGCCCAGCCAGUCCUGUCUGUCCAUUGUGUGUCAGGCCUUGUCACUCAGCAAGAUGUGACCUGAGGGUUCCUGAAUGUUGCGUCUGAGGAAAGGGUUCAGAAGAAAGCAGGAAGGGGAGUGCAGAGGCAGGCUGUGGCUCUUCGUGCCCAGGCCCUCUGCACUGCCACACAGAUUGGCUGCUGUCUCCAGCACUGGCCGUGGCUGUGUGGGGCAGCUCGCUGGACCUAGGGCAGCUGGAACUUAGCCCUAGCUUCACAGUCUCAUGAAGUAUUUGUGAAAGCAGAUGACCCAGACAGUGUCACAGGGAUCACGGAAGGCAGGCCGUGGUGUGUGUCCCUGCUGGUGUGGGCAUAGUGCUGGCUGCAAAGCAAAUCUACAGGGUAUCAGGACAGAGGCAGAGUGUGGCAGCAGUUGCUUAGAAUGUGUAGACUGACUGUAUGUGGACUGACUGGGUACUGGGAAAGAGUCUCUCAGCCACCCAUACAGGGUCGCUGGCUCCACAGCGUCAGGGCGUCUGAACCUUCGUGAGUUUGUGUGUCUGCCUUGUGUUUUUAAUGUUGGAGUGGAUAAUGAAAUAUAAAGAAAACAGCAUGACUUACAGGCACACUGGCAUUUAUAUCAGUGUGGUGUGCUGAGGACCUUUGUCUCAAGAUUCAGAAAUGUUCUGGGGUCAGUUGAAUUAAUUAAGUAAUAAUUUUUGAAGCUGGUGAUGAAGCCAGAGAGAAUGUGGUUCAGAGAGAGGAAGAAGCAAAGAGAAGCCAGCGACCGUAGUGUGUGCCAGGCUCAGAGUAGGCACCUGACAUAUUGUGAUGAAUUCUUUUUCUCUGUCUUGUCGUUGUCUUCUUAAAGCUGUGGCGCCGGAGGAGGACAGUGACCUGCUCCUAGAUCCGCUCUUAUAGAGUGGCCAUAGUGUUCUGUCAAAACACUUGCUUCCAUUUUCAAAGAUAAAAGACAUUGAUUACAA